CUACAUUUUUUACUCUCAUUUAUCGCCAUCACAAUUUUUAAUUAUUUAAAUGAAUAAGGCCAAGGAAAAAAGGCUGCCAGCCCCGGUCUCAAUAUUUAUAGCUUUUUAAACAAAUAAACGGAAUUCUCGCAGUCGACAAAAAGGCCACCCACAAUCCAAAAACGUCCAGGGAAAAACCCAUGAAAAUGCACUCAGCCAAGCCGAAUACCAGUUUGCCAGAAAGAGACACAGUAUGGGGGGAGGGGGAGGGAGCGAAAGAGCAAACGAGUACCGGGAUAAGUUCCCGUUUCAGUCCCAGGCUCCAAUCCGAAUCCGAAAUAGUUGAUUUUAAUGAUGUACAUAAUAAAAUUCCCAUUCGUUUUGUGCCAAUGCCACUGCGUUCCAGUCUGCAUUUCAUGUUUACACUGAUUGUGGAACACUCGUAUGCGAGCAAAAGAGAUACAGCUAUGUGUGUGCAAGUGGGAUAACAACACUCAUACCUCUCACUCGCACUUGCUAGAAGAGAGAUUGGCUGGGUGAGUGGAAUCCGGAAUACGGGAGGGUUGAAAGUCAUACCUCCCAGGCCCAAGACCCAAGACCCAAACCCAAACGGAAAACCAAAACCAAAACUGAAACUGAAACUGAGAUUGUGCGACGGAGGGCCAGUCGAGUCAAUUUCGAAAUCAUUCGCUAGUCGUAGGCCUAAACAAGCGGACACGCGCGGGUCUCUGUCUCUUUAUUCACUCCGAUAUAUCCCGGACACGGAGUUACCUAAAUCGUUAGUCUGAUCUCUCUUGAAAUCGGUGAACAGAAAUAUUAAAAUAAUUGAAGAUUAUUAAAAUCCAAAGAACGAUCUAAAUAAAACGUGUUUUUUUCGGACUAAAACUUCUGUCAGAAAUUGGUUUCGUGUUUGUGAGAAACAAAGAUUUGAGAUCUUUUGAUAUUGAAUAUAAAAUAAACAAAUUUUGAGAAUUGUUAUCGGUGAACGACUUAAAAAAAAACCUAAUAAAAGCACCAAAAACGGUAAAACUUGAAAGGAAUAGAAAUAAAGUGAACGGCAGCAUAAAACUGGAAACAAAACUGCUGAUCAACUCGGUUAAAAAAAAAAAACAAAUAAAACUGAUUAAAAAUAAAACUAUAUGACAUUUAAAAAAUAUCCCAAAAAUAAAGAUUAAAGAUUAACAAAAAGACUACCAAAGUCAAAGUGAAAAUUCAUUCCUGACCACUUAAAUCCAAUAAUAUCUUUAAGAUUCCAUCUUCUCCGAGUAAAGCACCAUUCAUAGACCGAUCCCAAGCUGGGUAGUCCAUUCCUCAGUAUCACACCGGCGGGUGGCAGUAGCAAUCCCUCGCCCACGCCACCACCAAACGAGGCCAAGUUGGCGGCCAAGCAGCUGGCUCAAAGCUUUCAGCUGUCCGCCAAUUCUGCCUUUAACUUGGCCCUGCCGCCCAGUUUCUACAGGCAGCCACAGCACGCAGAGUGUUUGGACUACGGACACGAAGCACCUGAGAUGGAUCUAAUAAAUCCGUAUAUGAGACAUCAUAGUUUUGCGGCCGCCGCACAGGGUAGUCCACCGUCGGCGGCGCAACGUCAUCAUUUGGCCGCGGCCAUGAGUAAUGGAUUCGCGGAUGUACAUGCCCAUGCGAUGGCAGCGGCGGAUUACCAACAACAGCUGGCCGAUUACCAUAGUGCAGCGGCUGCAGCGGCCGUCUAUGCCAAUAAUAAUAAUAAUAUUAAUAAUAACAAUAAUAGCAAUAACAAUAAUAACAGCAGUCCGUUGAUGUUGCUAAAGGCGGCACAUGGCGGUGGCUUAAAGGAUUCAGAUUCACCAUCAACGACACCGCCACCUGCCUCCUCUAGACUUCAUUCCGAUUCCUCGCCAUCUCCCCGUUACGAGCACAAUUCCAGUCCCGGUGUGGAUAGUGCCAAGUCGUAUGCUUUGAGCCAGAGAAGCAGUGGAGCGGAGGAUCCUUGCCAGACCAGCGAAUCUGCCAGUCCACCGCCACAGGUGCCGAACGACUAUAGUCCCGAGAAUCUUACCAGUCAGAGGGCAAAAUUCCAGCACCAUCAUCAUGGCGUUAACCCACUGGCCUUGCAUAAUGCCAACCAUGGAGGUAAUCCUGUUGGCCACAACAAUAACAACCAUAUGGAUCACAAGCUGCCGCUAAGUUUUCUGGGUCCACCAUUGGCUGCUCUUCACUCGAUGACCACGGAAAUGAAGACGGGUCAAGGUGUCGGCAGUUCGUCGGCUAAUGGCUUGUCAUACGGACAUAGCCCGAACUCACAUCUGAUCAGUGAUCGGGGAUCUGGCGGCAGCUCUUCGUCAUCAUCUACUACGACCACGAAUACCAAUAGCCAAGGGGCACCCAAUCCGCAUGGCAUCGAUACUAUCCUCUCCAAACCGCCGCCGGUCACAUCGGCGGGUCUAAGUGCUUUAACAGGAGCUGGCAUUCCCCGCUUCUCAAUUGCCGCCGCAGCAGCGGGAAUGGCUCAAUAUCUAUCCCAGAGUCAGGGAGCUCCAUU